AUGCGGAUUCCCAUCCGUGAGCAGUUGGGAUGUCUGGUUCUGCUGGCUUCCAUGAUAGGCCUGGCUGUGAUAGCUGUCGCAACAUGGCUCACCAACCACAACUUUGUCUUGAAUAUACGGUCCACUCGUCUCACGCUGACAGCCUCUCUCAAAGCCGCCCAACUGUCGUCGAACCUGGCUCUCAUGCAAAUCCUCACUCAACAGGCUGCCAACCGUCUCUCUCCACAGUCUGCCCUCAACCGAUACUACGGUGGAAAUUUAUCGGAUGAAAACUGGUCCCGGGUCGAGGAGGACUAUGAUGCCAUCUUCUCCGGUGACAUGCGGACCCGUGUGGCUAUCCAAGCCCAGAUAUACCCCUUCAACUCCUCCGAGCGCUCUAUAUUCAGUCGGACUGCAUACAGCAUGAUGGACGUUGUGCUGCCCAUACUCAAGCCCGACGGACAGAAUGCAACACUAGGUGACACCGAGUACGGUUUCAUCCCAGAGCUCUAUCCCAAGUUCACUAUAGAGACCAUACCAUACAAUGACACUGUCAACACGUACAAGGCACACUACGAAGGCAGAACUAUCGACAACACCAGCUACCUCUUUUCCGGCCCAUACCGCGUCAACGAAACACUCAGCCUAGUGUCAAUUACCACUCCCAUCAUCAAUAACACGUCCAACAUUGAUACCCUUGGAUGGCUGACGGCUGUCUUGGAUGCAUCGCUCAUCACCAAUGUUGUCAACGCCAUGGAGGGCCUCGACGAGAGCGGUCUUACCCUGCUUUUCGGCCCGAACAAUGCCACCAAUGCUUUCCCUGUCGAGUACCUGUACGAUGCUGCAAACCCUAGCGCUCCCGAGGACGUACAGGUGCGCUAUCUUGCCCCGCCAACGCAGCGAUCAAAAGUGCAGAGGCAUGGCCAAUACGAUACUGCUCUCGAUCCACCGCCAUUCUCCUGGACCAAGUAUCCCGCUAUACGCAAGGGCUUCACCAAGCCCACUGGCGCCACCAACAACGCUGGAAGCAUCAUCUCUACCAGCAACGAGGAUGGCGACAAUGUUGCUGUUGGAUACGCUGUCAUCAAUAGUCCUAUGGUCGACUGGAUGGUUGUGGUAGAGCAAACCCAUGAUGAAGUCUGGGGACCCAUCUACCACCUACGCAACGUCAUCAUCGCAUGUGUGUUCGGCACACUGGGUGCCAUGUUACUCCUCACAUUUCCUGUAGCACAUUUCUCCAGCCAGCCGAUCCGAAGACUCCGAGACGCGACCAAGAAAACCGUAGCGCCCCACAUGUUCGAGGACGAUGAUUUCAGCUCGCAAAACGAUGGUCCCAAUGACAGUUCGGAAGACGGGGCUCUUGCCCGUAAAGAAGGCUUCUUUGGCCAGAUCGUUCAUUAUCGGAGGAAUGCAAAACUCAACCGUGCAGAGAAGAAAGAAGCAGCGAGGCGGAGGCAGUUCCGCAUCCCAGGCAAGGUCAAGGACCGCAAGCACUUCAUCCACGACGAACUCACCGACUUAACGACCACCUUCAACGAGAUGACGGACGAGCUGAUGAUGCAGUACGAAAAAUUGGAGGAGAGGGUGGCACAAAGAACGGCCGAGCUCGAACAGAGCAAAAAGGCGGCUGAAGCGGCCAACGAAAGCAAGACCUUGUUCAUCGCAAACAUCUCGCACGAGUUGAAGACGCCUCUGAACGGUAUAUUGGGCAUGUGCGCUGUGUGCAUGUCAGAAGACGACCCAAUCAAGUUAAGACGAUCAUUAGGCAUCAUCUACAAGAGCGGAGACUUGCUACUCAACCUACUCACAGAUCUCUUGACGUUCAGCAAAAAUCAGGUUGGUCAGCAACUAAGUCUAGAUGAGAAGGAAUUCCGGUUACGCGAUAUCAGCUCCCAAGUCUUGGCUAUUUUCGAAAAGCAGGCAAGGGAGGGCGGUAUCAAGCUCGCCGUCGAAUUCGAGGGACCGUAUGAGAACAAUCUGGACGACAACGGACGACCCAACGAACUACGCGAUCUUGGACCUUUCGGACUAGGCCGUCUCAAGGACAUGGUCUUGUACGGUGACCAACAUCGGAUACUCCAAGUCGUUAUCAACUUGGUAUCGAACAGUCUCAAGUUCACUCCACAAGGCGGUUCUGUUACGCUUACCAUCCGUUGCCCUGGAGAGGCCCACAUGUCUGACAGUCGCAAAGCCUCCCUACAAUCACGACAAAGCUCCACACGCAACUCAAAAACUCGCAUGAGAGCCUCUGCGUCUGAGGUAGGAUCCGUUUCAGUUGCCACACCACCAGACCACAACUACGGCACUGCCAAUGUCAUCAACGUCAUGGGCAAAGGAGACGCGUUCGCCCGCUACAUGGCACAAGAGCGAGCUGCGACACCACCGCCCGGAAGAUGGUUAUCUUUCGAAUUUGAGGUGGAAGAUACUGGUCCAGGUAUACCUGACAAUCUACACUCCAAGAUCUUCGAGCCUUUUGUUCAAGGUGAUCUGGGGCUUAGCAAGAAGUUUGGAGGCACGGGCCUUGGUCUGAGUAUCUGUUCGCAACUUGCUGGUUUGAUGAAGGGUACGAUUGGUCUCAAGAGUGAGGUCGGACACGGAAGUGUGUUUACCAUGGUAAUACCGUUGAAGCAUCUCACCAGUCGGGCCGACAGUACAGCAAGCUCAAGAAACGUGAACCUGGAAACCGGGACACCGCGCCGGAGUCUGUCGAUCGACGAGCCGCAGCGAGGCCGCUCACAUGAUGACGCGCUUUCGGCCCGCUCGAUACAAUCCGCUACAAGUGGUCCGAUCGUCGCUGGGAACACCGUUGCUACUGCUCCACAAGGGCCGGUGGCAUUCGACACCGACAACCAACCCCGUCUUGUUGGUCUCAGUCAGCCUUUCUUCGCUUCGAACGCGCCACUAGAGUCGCCAAACUCGCAAGUCGCGGCUAUGAAGCGGGUGGAAGCCGAAGCAACAAAACGAGGAGACAAGGUCAAGGUGCUCGUCGCUGAGGACAACAAGACUAAUCAAGAGGUCGUACUGCGCAUGUUGAAGCUGGAAGAUGUGUACGAUGUGACUGUCGCGAAGGACGGCCAGGAAGCACUUGACAAGGUCAUGGAGAGUAUGGAACGUCAAGCUCCAUACAAUCUCAUCUUCAUGGACGUCCAAAUGCCCAACCUGGAUGGUCUGCAAUCAACGCGACUCAUCAGACAGUCCGGCUUCUCAGCUCCCAUCGUCGCUCUGACAGCGUACGCGGAGGAGAGCAAUGUGAAGGAAUGCCUCGACUCAGGCAUGGACUUCUUCCUCUCGAAACCGAUUCGCCGGCCCGCCCUCAAACACGUCCUCAAAACAUACUGCCCCACGAUUCCGGAAGAGGAUUCGGAUACAACGCCGCCUGGUUCCGCGAAACUGGCCCCCAAAACAAACGGUGCAGUGGUAGUCCCAGCUCCUGGAGCGAACACCACAGCACCUUUUACCAUUGUAUCUGGCACGGGCACAGGCGAGAAUCGUCGUGCGGAUGAAUCGCCUGCUGUAUCGCCUAUGACUUCGCCGCCCGCUGCAUAG